CAUCAUUUGAUGCUGGAGCGUGCCUGCCUGGAUAGGCUUAGCGCGCUUUCCACAUUAACCCUGCAUUUCCGCAAUAAACAUGAUUUGCUCGCUGACGCGACUCUUGCUGUCCUUAUAAACGUCGCACACCCCGCCAGCUUGCAUCGAUUUCCUUUGUUCAUCCAUUAUCGCUGUAAUCCAUCUACGUUCACAUCUCCCAAGUGCCUGCUAUCCACGAAUCCAACCUACUUAUCUCGCAACCUUUUCAAACUUCCAUAUUCAAAAUGACUGGCGGCAAAUCCGGUGGCAAGGCUUCGGGCUCCAAGUCCUCCGCGCAAUCUCGCUCCUCAAAGGCCGGUCUCGCAUUCCCAGUCGGUCGUGUUCACCGUCUGUUGCGAAAGGGCAAUUACGCCCAGCGUGUUGGUGCUGGUGCUCCCGUUUACCUCGCCGCUGUUCUUGAGUAUCUGGCAGCCGAAAUUCUCGAGUUGGCCGGUAACGCUGCCCGUGACAACAAGAAGACACGUAUCAUCCCGCGUCAUUUGCAACUCGCAAUUCGAAACGACGAGGAAUUGAACAAAUUGCUUGGUCACGUUACCAUUGCUCAGGGUGGUGUUUUGCCAAACAUCCAUGCAAAUCUUCUGCCAAAGAAGACAUCCAAGCCUGGCAAGGGCGCGUCGCAAGAGCUAUGAUCAUCGUCAUGAUAUCCUUUUGCUUGUUUACGGCGUCUGGUUGAAAUCAUGAGAUAAUGGGAUCUCGGGUGGGUUUGGGUUUUUUGGGAGCGUGGCAACGCAUUGAUACCACGCGUUUGAGUGUACAUUACGUCCAUAGAGCAUGGAUGGAAUAUCAUGAACUUGCACAUUAUUUUGAAAUACGCGAUUAAGUGUGAUUCUUCGGAUUUCCAUUAGAAGAGAAAUGUCGGUUUAGCUGAAGCUAUCCCGGCGUGAUGAAGAGUUGUAUGUGGUACACUAGCGGAAUGACAUGAACUCUGCUCCCAUUUUGCACUGUGAUCUGAUGAUGGUCUCAAUUCUGCACCGUUGUGCCCAUGUAUCAUUCGGUUAUACUUGUAUCACGCUAUUUCACCAAACAGCAUUCACAAAUCCAUCUUCGGCGGAGCUAGUUAAAGUAA